AUGCCCUCCUACGCCGACGACGACCUAAUCAGCCUCACUGAUGAGUACACCGUGACAAGCUCGGUAUCCUCCGGUGGUGUCGCGACUACCUCCAGCAGCAAGAUCGCAGCCAAUCGCUGCAGCCUUAUGAAGCGAGACAGCUUCUCUUACCUCACAGUCAUGAUGAAGGCGAAGAAGCCCUACACGCCAGCCUUGCCCCCUAAGCCAAGAGUCUCACUGUCAGUUGCAACCAGUGGCGUGCAGUUCGCCAGCCGUGUUAGCAAUGAGAGUAGCAUACUCUCACCGCUGGCGCGCCCGUAUCACGCCGAUGGCUCUGUUGCGGAGUACCUCCAGAACCAAGCUUGCUCAUCCACAUCUGCGGUCACCUCACCUACCACGGAAUACAGUCAGCAGAACCUGCAGCGACUGGAGUCGAUGCUGAAAGAGCUUGGCGACAUCCAAGUCGAAGAUGAUGAGGACGACAACGCGACUGCCCAGCUUAUACACUCAGAAUUCGCUAUACCCCCCCUCCCACCUAGAUCCGAGCCACUCGCCGCGCUUCCUGUCCGCACCGGCCCUAUCACCCCUCCUACGCCAGCCGAGUCGACCGAGCCUCAGAAUCCCGAGGAGCCUGUCGUAAGAGUCGCCAUGCACACAUGGGACGCCAUGGGUAGAGAUGUGAAGGCACUCAAGGAUGAGAAGCGGACACUGGAGCUUAAGAUCGCACGUCUCGAGAAGCAGAGGCCACCAUCAAGGGCCUACAGAGAAGAAGAAUUCCAAGCGGAGAUCGGUCAUCUCAAAUACCAGAACGAGCAGAACAAGACUCAGAAGGCUACUAUGGCUCGCAAUCUAUCUCAGAAGGAUGUCGAGAUCAAGCAACUGCAGCUGGAUCUUGGUACCACCAGGGAGGCUCUUGAGGCGGCGGAAAGCGCUGCUCAAACCUAUGCCAACAUCGCUGGAGAGCGUGACUACCUCCAUUUCCAGCUGAGCGAGGACAGAAUCAGCAGUGAGCGUCAACUCUCCAACUUGGCUGAGGUCAAGACUCGUGAAAUCCAGGCACUCACGCGAUCCGAGAGACUGCAGAACAACGAGCACAGAGCCUUGGCUGACACUCGCCUGGAGGCAAUCAACACUUGUGUGACACAGCCAAAUGACUUGAAGGAAAAGUACGCUGCCGAACACGACAGAGUGAAUGAACUCGAAGACACCAUUGAAGACCUCCAGGGUAGACUCAACAGAGUUAGCAAACUCCAGGCUGAGCUGAGCCAGAAGAGCAGCGAGUGCGACCGCUGGCGCACCAGGUAUAAGAACCAGGAGAAGUUGGUCGAAACCUGGAAGCUGCAGAUCGAGCGUGCCCGGAACGAGAAUGAGUCUCUUCGUGGCGCCGCUCACCUCGUUAACCCUGUACCUACCUCCAAGCUCUCACCUCUUGUGCUCGGCUGUACCGAGUGCUACACGAAGAAUAUCAGCUGCGAUAAUAAAGCCCGUUGCCGCAACUGCACUGAGAACAACGAGAAAUGCUCCAGAUGGAGGUGCAGUCUCAAGCACCGCCUCGGUCAGUGUCCGACGGUCCCUUGCACGUUCCCCCAUGAGGAGGAUGGUUGGCUUCUUGCUCCUGAGCCUAGGCCCUACUGGUGA